GAAAUGAGAAUCAUUUGAGAUUAUACAGCUUGUAGUGGCAUUGUCAAAUACAGACAUUAGAGACCUGGGACUAUACUGGCAAAUGGCUUCUGAGGAGCCUCUCUCUGACAACCAUGAAGCCAAAGAGCCUGUUGAAGACACAGAACCGAGCACAUUGCCCUUUGAUGCGACAGAAAAAUAUCCAGUGCAAGACACAGGACUUCCUAAAGCAAACCAAUCUCUUGUGGAUCAUAUUGAAUUAGAAAUUCCAGCGGAUUCUCCAAGAACUCUCUCACCAGAUUCUGAAAGAAUAAAGCAGCCAGAAGAAAAUGACUGUCCUCUAACGACUCCAGAUGCACUUCCUGGUCAUGGUGAUUCCCUGUUCAUGAUGUUAAAGGUCCAGCAACAUCUUGUGCCAAUUAAACCUGGUAUAACCAGGAAUGACAGUUCCAGCCAGGAAACCAGUGAGAUUAGCCUGUUUCCGCCAACUAUAAGUGACCUGCUCAACGAUGAAGAUUUGCUGUAUACUUUAAAAAUUAAACUAGAUCCUUGCCAUCCUACUGUAAAAAACUGGAGAAACUUUGCCAGCAAAUGGGGGAUGAGUUAUGAUGAAUUAUGUUUUCUGGAGCAGAAACAGCAAAGUCCCACUAUUGGAUUUUUGCUUAGAAACAGCGAAAGGACUGUGGAACAGCUUAUUGAUCUUUGUAAACAUUAUAGAAGAGUUGAUGUCCAGAAAGUAUUAAUGAAAUGGGUCAACGUGGAUUGGCCAAUGAGGGCAAGUACAAAUUACACAAGCAGCACCUGACUUGAAACAUUUUAUGGACUUGCUGCCAUAUUAGUGCUGAUUAGUGGUCUUUCGUCCGAUUUACUUUGUCUUACUUAUACAACAGAAUAUUUUUCUAUUAGGUGUCAUAUCUAUUCUUGAACUAGAGAAAAGUGUUUUUUUUAUAGUUUGCAACUUAUUUCAGAUACUUACAGAACAAAAAACAACAGAAUAAAAUUAGGAUUGAAACCAACUGAUUUUGUUGCCUCAACAGAAUAAGGGACUUCAAUAUUUUAAUAUUAUUACAACAUUAAAAGGACAUUGUUCUUUAAAAAAAAAAAAAAAAAUUCUUUAUACUAUGCAUGCUGAAAAUAUUUUUUUGCCUGAAAAAAACAUGAAGUAAGAGUUGGUUAAAUUUAAAGGGAAAGUCUAUAUCUUAUUCAUCUUAAAAUCUUACUUUAGAUUAAGCUGCAAAUAUCCUCCUGCACACUUUCUAUAUCAUGCAGGAGGAACAGUAAAACUGUUAUUUUAAAAGUUAUUUUAACUGACUAUUGUUUCUUUUCACUUUGAAAUGGCUGCCAAACUCUGCCUACUGAUGACAUCACAAUCUAGGCUGCAUUAAAGGCUUCACUAGUUACAAAAGACUCACUAAUUGGAAUCAACAGACUGUCAAUGCUAUUCAGCUGAGUGCAUAGAUGCAUCCCAGAUCGUGAUGUCAUCAGUGGGCAGAGCUUGGCAGCCAUUUCAAAGUGACCAGAAGCAAUAGUCAUUUUAAAAUAACUUUUUUACUGUUACUGCUGCAUGAUAUAGAAAUGGUGCAGGAGAAUAUUUGCAACUUAAUCUAAAAGAAGACUUUAGGAUGUUUAAGGUGUAGACUGUCCCUUUAAAUUAAAGCUAAUACUUCAGUAUUGUUUUUCUACUUCCUACUUAUCCUCCCUGGUUGAUAAGGACAGCUGCCUCUUUUUACUGGAGGAAGUAUAAGACAACAUUAAAGGGACAGUAUACACUCAUUUUCAUAUAACUGCAUGUAAUAGACACUACUAUAAAGAAUAAUAUGCACAGAUACUGAUAUAAAAAUCCAGUAUAAAACUGUUUAAAAACUUACUUAGAAGCUGUCACUUUGGCUCUGUUGAAAAGGUAGCUGGAAAGCCCACUGCAAGUGGCAAAUAAGACACUCCCCCCUCCCCCUUCUUUUGCAUAUGAAAAUACCCUUUACACAAACAGGAGCAAGCUGGAGUAGGUAGUCGAGCGUAUUCGCAUAAAACUUUGGGGCUUGGUUAGGAGUCUGAAAAUCAGAGCAAUGUUAUUUAAAAAUAAGCAAAACUAUACAUUAAUUAAAAAAAAAACUUUAUGGGCUAUAUAAAUAGAUUAUCUACAAAACAUUUAUGCAAAGAAAAAAAUGAGUGUAUAAUGUCCCUUUAACAUUUUCAGGACAGACAUUAAAAUAGAUUAAAUUUGACUACAAUGUGCCUUUAAUAUUUAAACUGUGCAAAUACAAUAAAGUAAACCCUUAAAAUAAUGAAUAGUUUGCCAUGGCUAGAAAAGUAUGUGGAUGUAUAUGUAAAAUUGUAGUAGAUACUAGAGACGGGCAAAUGUGCUUAAAGUUAAUUUGUUUGGUAGAACGAAUAGUCCUGUGGACAUUGAAAUGUGGAAUGAAAAUCCAUUAAAAUUCUGUAAUUGAAUGUUAUUUCCUGUUUUAGUUUUCAAAUGUUCAUAAUUAGAUCAACUAUCCACAUUCGAAAUUUUUAAUGUAACAUUUGAUUUAACAAAUACUAUUCACUUGUUCAAUAAUUCAUGUGGUAGGGAAUUUAGUAAAUUCAUACAUAUUAGAUACAAAUAUAUAAAUUCUAAUGUUUCUAUUUUGAAUAUUGCAUUUAAAGAGAGCAUUAGAAAUACUAUUUCAAAUAUAUUGAUUUGAAUUUUUAAAUUCAAAUAUUGCAUAAUUAGAUUCGAAUUAUUAGAAAAAUUCAAAUUGAAUAUUACAUUUAAAGAAAAGAUUAGAAUUACUAUUACAUUAAACAAAUGUUAGAAGUUGCACAAACAUUCAAAAUUCAAAAUGAACAAACUAAUGUGUUUAAUUUUUUUAAUUUUGCAAAACAUUCGCCCAUCUCUUGUAGAUACCCAAACAUUAUCUGUUGCCUUUAAAAGCCCAAGUUGUAAAUGUUAUAACAAUAUUUUGCAUUAAAGGGACACUGAACCCAAAUUUUAUCUUUUGUGAUUCAGAUAGAGCAUGCAAUUUUAAGUAGCUUUGUAAUUUACUCCUAUUACCAAAUUUUCUUCGUUCUCUUGGUAUCUUUAUUUGAAAUGCAAGAAUGUAAGUUUAGAUGCCGGCCCAUUUUUGGUGAACAACCUGGGUUGUUCUUGCUGAUUGGUGGAUACAUUCAUCCACCAAUAAAAAAGUGCUGUCCAGAGUUCUGAAACACAAAAAAGCUUAGAUGCCAUCUUUUUCAAAUAAAAUUAGCAAGAGAACAAAGAAAAAUUGGUAAUAGGAGUAAAUUAGAUAGUUGCUUAAAAUUGCAUGCUCCAUCUGACUCAUGAAAGAAAAAAUUUGUGUCCCUUUAACAAAUGAAUUUCAGCUGGCACCCACAAUCAUUAAACCACUGCUCCCAUUAUAGGGGCUUGGCUACUCCAAAUUAUUGAAAGUGAUGCACAACGUACAACUUUCCCAGUUCCUGAUUGAAUGGGCAAGGGGAUUAUUGCUAUAGGAAAUUGAUGACUAAAGUAUCCAUUGAUUGGCUGUGUUUAGAGCACAUAUUUUAUUGCAUAAAUAUGUCUACACUGUCUUAAAUCAGCUUUUUAAAUGCACAAUAAAUAUUUAGGGGUU